AUGCCGCCCAAGCCCCCCCGCAGGGCGGGCGCCGCCGCCGCCAGGAGCCAGCGCGCCAGCCCCGACAGCGGCUCCACGCCGCCGCCGCCCGCCGCCCCCCGGCUCGAAAUAGGCGAAGCUGACUUCAUUGUGCUCUGUGAUGCUUUGAAAGUCUCGGAGAGCGUGAGGGAGAAGGCGUGGAAGACGUACGAGAGCUUAUUGGCUGCGGAUGGAGCUCUAGCUUAUAACAAAAAGAAAAAGGAAACAUGGGGAGUCUGUAUCUUUAUUGUAGCAAUUGAUCUGGAUGAAAUGACAUUCACUUUCACAGAGCUUCUGAAAAGUAUAAGCAUAAGUGUAUGCACAUUUUUUCAGUUUCUGAAAGAGGUGGAUGUUAACAUGGAUACUGUAAGCACUAAAGUUGAUAGCACUGUAUCAAGGCUGAAAAAGAAAUAUGAUGUAUUACUUGCACUAUACCACAAGUUUGAAAGGACUUGUGGCCUUAUUUAUCUGGAACAACCUAGUAGUGAGAUUUCUGCUGAACUCAGUUCUGUAUUAGUCCUAAAAAAUUACUGGAUUACUUUUUUGCUGGCAAAAGGUAAAGUGUUGCAAGUGGAAGAUGACCUGGUGAUUUCUUUCCAGUUGUUGCUCUGUGUCUUAGAUUAUUUUAUCAAACUGUCACCUCCUGCUAUGCUCAAGGAACCAUACAAGUCUGCUGUGACUGCAGUGACUGUUAAUGGUUCAGCUCGAACUCCAAGAAGAGGUCAGAACAGGAAUACACGUACUUCAAAGCAAAUUGAUACCGAUACAAAAGUUAUUGAAGUCCUUUGUAAAGAGCAUGAUUGUAAUUUAGAUGAGGUCAAAAAUGUGUAUUUCACAAGCUUUAUUCCUUUCUUGAAUUCUAUUGGUAUUGUAGCUUCAAAUGGACUACCAGAGGUUGAGGUUCUCUCAAAACAGUAUGAUGAGCUCUAUCUCAACAACAAAGAUAUAGACGCAAGAUUAUUUCUGGAUCACGAUGAAACUCUACAGCCUGAUGUCAUAGCAUGCUCACAGUUGGAGAGGACACCACUAAAAAACAAUCCAGAUGAGGAACUUAAUCUUAUACUUCCACAGACUCCUGUUCGAGCUGCAAUGAAUAACAUUCAGCAAUUGAUUAUGAUUUUAAACUCAGCAACUGAUAAACCAUCAGAUACUCUCAUAAUGUAUUUCAAUAAUUGCACAGUGAACCCUAAGGAUAGUAUCCUGAAAAGAGUGGAAAGCCUUGACCACAUCUUCAAGAAGAAAUUUGCUGAAGCAGUUGGACAGGGAUGUGCUGAAAUUGGCUCACAGAGAUAUAAGCUUGGAGUACGUCUGUAUUACAGAGUAAUGGAGUCUAUGCUGAAGUCGGAGGAAGAGCGCCUCUCAGUGCAGAAUUUCAGCAAACUUCUGAAUGAUAACGUCUUCCACACAUCUCUUCUGGCAUGUGCUGUUGAGGUUGUCAUGGCUACAUAUGGCAGAAAUGCUUCACAAAGUGAUGGUACCAGUGCUGAAACAGACUUGUCUUUCCCAUGGAUUCUCAAUGUAUUUGAUUUAAAAGCUUUUGACUUCUACAAGGUGAUUGAAAGCUUUAUUAAAGCGGAGCCAAGCCUAACAAGGGAAAUGAUAAAGCAUCUAGAACGCUGUGAACAUCGAAUUAUGGAGUCUCUUGCUUGGCAAUCUGGGUCACCUCUGUUCGAUCUUAUCAAGCAGUCAAAAGAACGAGAAGGCCAAACUGAUCAGCCUGAGCCCACUUCCACUCUCAAUCUGCCUCUCCAACAUAACCACACUGCAGCAGACCUCUAUCUAUCUCCUGUGAGAUCUCCUAAGAAGAAAGCAUCUGGACCUCCUCUAAGUGCUACUUCCACUCCAGAUGCUCAGCCAGCUGUGACCCCCCAAACACAGAAACCACAGAAAUCUACCUCCCUCUCUCUGUUCUACAAAAAAGUGUAUCUACUGGCCUAUCUUCGACUACAUACCCUGUUCUUUCGGCUUCUCUCUGAACAUCCUGACCUGGAACCCUUGAUCUGGACCCUCUUCCAACACACACUGCAAAAUGAGUAUGAGCUUAUGAGAGACAGGCACUUGGACCAGAUCAUGAUGUGUUCCAUGUAUGGCAUAUGCAAAGUAAAGAAUGUAGAUCUUAGAUUUAAAAUAAUAGUUUCGGCAUACAAGGAGCUUCCCAACACAAAUCAAGAGACUUUCAAACGUGUUCUUAUCAGGGAAGAACAGUAUGACUCCAUUAUAGUCUUCUACAACUUAGUGUUUAUGCAGAAGCUGAAAACAAACAUUUUGCAGUAUGCUUCCAACAGGCCUCCCACUCUGUCACCUAUCCCACACAUUCCUCGCAGCCCUUACCAGUUUUCCAACUCUCCUCGGCGUGUCCCUGCUGGCAAUAACGUCUACAUCUCACCGUUGAAGAGCCCAUACAAAUUCUCCGAUGGGUUUCAGUCGCCCACAAAGAUGACUCCAAGGUCUAGAAUUUUGGUGUCAAUUGGUGAAUCAUUUGGGACUUCUGAAAAGUUUCAAAAAAUAAACCAGAUGGUGUGCAACAGUGACUGCCAGCUAAAACGCAGCGCAGAAGUAAGCGCUGCUCCUAAGCCACUGAAGAGGCUGCGCUUUGAUAUAGAAGGGCAAGACGAAGCAGAUGGAAGCAAACACCUACCCCAGGAGUCCAAGUUCCAACAAAAGCUUGCAGAAAUGACAUCUACUCGAACAAGAAUGCAAAAGCAGAAACUGAACGAUGGAAACGAUACCUCAGCCAGUGAAGAAAAGUGAGAUUCUUCUCAGGACCAGGGGCUGCACUGCAGGCCCUCUUAGAUUGUUUUUGUUUUACAGCCGUCAUUAAUUGAGUUGCUUUUUUAGUUGCUUUUUAUUCCGAACUGCUAGUUUGAAAGCAUUUGGACUUUUUAAAUUUUUAAAUGUUUUUCAUGAUAUUUUGCCUUAUGAUGUAGCAUUUAUACAAUGUAAGCCACUGUAUUUAAUUUAUAUAUUUUUUUGAGGAUUUUAAAACCAGACUUGGAAGGUGUCUUAGUUUCCUCUUGCACCAUUACUGAUUUAAGCCAAUUCAGUCUCCUUGGAUUGAAUUUUUGUGUCUGAAGACAAAAUGUUAGGUAGAAUGAUUUGAAAUGCACUAAUUUUGUUUCUUAGAUUUCAUUUUUAGAUUUUCAUUACUUGCAAAUUUUGAAAAUGAGGGGCCAGAUACUGCAAAGAUUUCUGUCUCUAUAUAAUUAGCACAUCAAAUUCCCAUUAACUUAAACCGCACAGCAGUCAUAGACCUUGCAGAGUCAGGGCCUCACAUCAGAAGUACAACCUGAAUUCCAAGUUGAACUCAUUAUGUAGCCGUACUACUGAAACCAAUCCUUAGUGUUUUGUAGUUUUCCUUCCCCAGCUCUCGCCCCGGUGUAAUUUCAGAGGGCAGUGACACUGUCCAUCAGUUUGAAUUUCAUGGAAUACAAAUCCCACAGAGAUUCCUCCCAGAAUCCCACCGAGAAUCUUCCCAGAAGCUGAAGCUUCUUCCCAUAUGCAGAGUACUUGAUGUGCACUUUCUUAUCUUGGAAAAUCUCAAUUAUUAAAAGAAAAAAGAACCCCAAACCUAAAUCCCACCUGGUACACAUAAGAUUUCAAAAUGCUAAUGAUGUAGAAUUUCCUCGAUUUCUUCAAAUUUUCACCUAACUGUAGCCAAGCCAAACAGCUCGCGAAACAGGCACCAAACCUGCUUCCUAUAGCUGAAAGCUGAGUGUCUCCAGUUGGGUUCCAGGCAAGAGUUAGCCUGGUCUCUAAAAGCACAGGGCAUCUCCCGUUGGCAUUACUGCAGCGUCUGCACAAAAGCCGAACUGGAUGAGCCCAGGGUGGGAACGUCAGUCUGCCUUAUUUUACUGAAAAGGCAGAGUUCAGUAGGCAACUUGUCAACUGUUAUAACUAGCCAAAAAAAAAAACCCAACAAACCCCAAAACUUUUUUCAGCUUACAUGUAAGUUACUGAUUCAGAUGCUGGAAUUUUUCUUGCAAGGAUAAAGGGUUUGCAAAAUAGCCACUUAAGGAAAGCACAUGUUUUACUUCCAGUGGAUUAAAAUAUAAGUAAAUAAAUGAAGUCCUGCUUUAAAAUUACCCAUUUUUAUGAAAUUUAGCUUUCGCAGCUACUUGAAUUACAACAGUUAUAGCAGCAAAGCGUGCUAUUCAUGACACAAGCAUUUUGAAACCACAUCUUCUCCGGGUAGCUUAUUUAGAAAUUGUUUAGCUGAUCCUAGAAUACUUGCAGUAGUACAUUUUAAAGAUCAGUUCUUGUGUUGAACGGAAGCUAAUCCUAGAGCUACUGAAAAUUCUACAAACAGCACACUGAUUUGUCAAUGAAUUUUAAAAUAAAAUUGAGUUAUUUUUUUAGUCUCAAUAUGGCUUCAACUUUCUUCCUGAAAAAUGUACAGAAGUGCUAGAGUACUUUAUGUUUAUUUUCUCACUUUUUGCAGAGUUUUACAGACAGAAUAUGUGUUAACAUUGGGGUACACUGACUGUAAGCUCUGUUACAGCCAUUGAAGUUCUUCCGUGACCCUUUGGCUGGAGGGGUGACAUUACAGAGUCCAGUACAUAAGUGGAUUUAUUAUUUCUUUACUGUGACAAUGUAUUUUUUUUGUUCAGACUGAAGGCUUUACAUCAAAUGUAUGAUAAUAUUUUAUACAACUAAUCAGUUUCUCUCCUUUCAAGAUAAAUAAAAUAGCUUUU